UAUCGCUCUGUUGUUGAAUGGACCAAAUUAAUUAAAUAAAAGUCCAUUGUUGUUUGUCCAUUGAGUGACGUGUGUGCGCGCGCAGAAUUUGCGCUAGUAGCGUCUACAGUAUCUAUGACGAUAUUACCAAAACAAAGCAUAACGUUCAAGCACUGUUGAAGCUCCUGUCGCGUUGUCUUUCCUUUUCUGCUGAUUUGAAGAACAUGCGUAUACAUGUGUGAUAUCUCGUUUUCUUCAUUCAUGUAAACAUAUAUUUUUUUCAUGUAAACAUAUGGUAUUUUAGUAGCUAAGUGAACAGGGAGUUCCUGUUGUUGGGUCAACUGUCACAUCAAUCCAAUGGCUUUGUGGAAGGGACACAGGCGAGAGCUGGGACAGACAAGUGCAGGUGUCGGCCAUAUGUAUGUGCAGCCCUUGCCUUUUUAUGUGGAGAGUCACAAGGGUGCAUCUCUGCCCCCUCUGUUCCAGCGUUCUCCCCUGGUGUCCACCAGCAGUCACUUCUCUGUCACCUCACGCUUGGAGCACGACAGGAAGCCUCAGACGGGACCCCUGGCCAACACACUGCACCCACGUGCCCCUCCACACUGGAACACACACUUCCUCAAUGAGCUGGCACAACAGCUCCGGGACUGUGGGACAGUGCGCCUGCUCUCUCAGCCAAUCAGUGAAAUGCAGGACAGCUACAGGGGCCAGGCUGCUCCACAUGGCCCCCUGCUGGACCACUACUGCACCCUGCUGGCACUUUAUAGACAGCUUGAUCCAGGCCAGACCCCGACUGUGACAGCAGAUCCUUUAGUCAGCACAGCUCAUGCAUACUACAGGCGCUUUAGCAGGUCAGAGAUUGCCCCUUCCUCUGGUCUGGAAGCCCCUUCCUCCUACCUUACUCUGAAGAAGAGCUCCACCCACAGCCGCCUGCCGCGCCACAAAGCCCCUCCCACCAUGUCCUGCCACCCUUGGCUGCCCCGCCCCUCUUUGCCCUUACCCUAUGGAGGGAAACACAGUCUGUACAGGGACAGCUUCCGUGUGCCUGUUCCUCACCCUGCUCCCUCUGGUCCCUCGCCUGUUGCAAUCCCAGACUGGCGACAACCCGGGCCUGAAACUGGUGCUGGAGGAGCUAAGAGAGGGCUUCUCAGGGACAUCGUGGAGGUCCCCAAAAUGUACCUGACAGAGAACCGGGUCUAUGGGGGGAACCGGACCGUACUGGUCUGAGACCGUGCCGGACCGUGCUGGUACGUGUGUGUGUAUCAGAAAGACAACUACAUGUGUGUAUUUUGCCAGAUGUCACCAAGUGCGAUCUAAAGUAUACAAGGACCAUGACCCCACUUUGGAGUCAACCGUCCAAGUGUUUUUUUGUGACUAUUUAUCAAAGGCCCAAUAAACAGGUAGGGUUUGAAGAGGACUGUAGUGGACUGAUUGAUUUAUCAAUCACCACCAGUGAUGCAUGACCAUGGGGUCCCAAGAGACACAACAUAUUUCAGGGAGUUGUAGGAAAAAGGCUGCGAAGGCUGAGCUGAGAUCAGUUUGGGCAUGAGUGUUACUUAUUGUUAAUGUUUUAAUGGGAGCGGGCUAAGCCAGUCCAAUAUCUAUGUUUAUGGGGUCCUUCAGUCUGGAGCUAGAGAGAGAUAGACCAGGGCAGUAUACUGUAAAUACUGACUGUAUGUAUGUAUGUGUGUAUGUGUGUGCGUGCGUGUGUCAGGGAGAGAGAAAUGCUGAGUAGGUUAGAGGUUAUUUUGGCAUCAUCUCACAAAUUACCCUCAGAAUCCACUGGAGUCCCUCCGUCCUUUCUGCCUUUUUCUCUUCCGCCCACCUGCUCUCUCGCUCUUUCACUCUCCUCCCCCUCGUUCCUCCCUCCGGCAACAUGCCAGACGGAAGAAGAGAGACAGAGAGAGAGAGAUGGAGGGAGAGAGAGAGGGAAGAGAUGGAGUAGGGUUAGGUAAAC